ACUGGUAACGACAACCCCGGCAACUUCGCCAACCGCCCCAAGGAAGAGGUUCAGGCCAUCGCCUCCAAGGGUGGUCAGGCCAGCCACAGCGGUGGCUUUGCCAGCAUGGAUCCCGAGAAACAGCGCGAGAUUGCUUCCAAGGGCGGUAAGGCCUCCAGCGGCAGCUUUGAGCCUGGCUCCGAAAAGGCCCGCGAGGCCGGUCGUAAGGGCGGCAAGGCUUCC